AGUCGUCGCCAUGAAAUGAAAGUGACCUCAGGACUAUCGCCGGGUUUGUUGCUUGUGUUUCUCUUCCUCAGCCAAGCCAUACUCCCUCCAUUGAAAGUACCGUUCGUCGUGCCUGCGCGCGGCUAACACAAGGAGGAGGAGGCUGAGGCGACGGCAGCAGCAUUGAAGCGGGGGCACAGAUUUCUUGAAGCCCACGUCACGCAUCAGCUUUCAUGGAGAGACAGAGGAAACUGAAAGCUUCACCGGCAAUCCUCCGCCGCCGCGUUUCCGCCUGAUACCCGGACGAACAGGCGGAGGCGGCAGCACGGCUCGCGUGAACGUCACGUCCGGCGGCGCGCGCCACGAGGCGUGAGAGCCAGCGCUGCAGUCUGCAGUCGAUCUCUGCUGUGCCUAGCUACACGACACCCAUGGAGUCUCGGCGAUCGCGUGGUCUUGCGAGGUUUUCCAGGCAGGUCCAUGCCCUCUUCCUCAAGAACCUUUCUUUCCAGAGGAGGAACGCGAGGACGAACGCCGCGAUCGCCGCGUUCCCGGUGCUGCUCUGCGUGCUCCUCGUCUCCAUCCAGCACGUGGUGGACAGCGAGCUGGAGCGGCCUCCGUUCCGCUGCGGCUGCGCCGGCGCGGAUCAGUGCGGCAUCCAGCACUCCACGCCCAUCCAGGCGCUCGCCUGCGCCGUGCCCGUGCCGCCGAGGUGGCCGGCGCUGCUGCAGGUGCCGGCCACCGAGGCGCGCGCACUCACGCGCCUCCGCCCGCGCCCGUGCAAGGCGCCGGAGAACUGCCCCGCCACCGUGCUUCUCACCGGCCAGAACCGCCUGCUUGCCCAAGGCCUUGGAAGCUUGCUGUUCCCACCUCUCCCUCCACAGUACGCCCGACGCAUGCCUGGUGCUGCUGCUGCUGCUUCGAAUUCCUCGGACUAUCUGGAUUUGUUCUCGGCAGUAGUUCCUGGUUCAAGCUCGCUGCCGGCACAUGUGCUCUUCAUCGAACCGGGCCUCGUUCCAGAAGAGACGCUGUAUCUGCUCCAACCAAAUUGCUGGUCAGAGACACGCAAUAUUUCAGCACAUUUUGAUGGGAUACCAAUAGAAUCUGAACUGCAGUGCGUUCAGGCUCUGUCGUCGUGGUGCGACAAUUCGUCGGUGAUCAAUCGCCAAAUGUUCAUGGGCUACAAGGGUGGUGAUAGGAGGCGAAGAUCUAACGAGUUCCUCGCUGGCUAUGACUUCCUCGACACAAGCAAGAGGCGCUUCCAUGUAUACGUCUGGUACAACUCCAGCUUCAGCAGGGACAAUGGGCACCAUUCCAUGACGGUUUUGCGUGUUUCACGGUUGGUUAACAUGGCGUCCACUGCAUAUCUGAACUUGUUAUUAAAAGGAGGGACUACAGAAAUGCGCCUGGAGUUUCUGAAAGAGAUGCCCAAAGCUGCAAUCAAAAUGCGGCUGGACCUCACCACUCUCCUGGACGCCCUCUUCUUCACCUGGACGGUUCAGCUCCUCCUUCCAGUAAUGUUGACAUACCUUGUCUACGAGAAGCAGCAGAGGCUAAGACUAAUGAUGAAGAUGCACGGGCUGAAGGACGCGCCUUACUGGCUGAUAUCCUACGCCUAUUUCCUGGCCCUUUCAGCAGCCUACAUGGCGUUCUUCACCAUCUCUGGGUCCAUCAUAGGGCUGGACAUAUUCAGGCUAAAUAGCUACGGCAUACAGUCUCUGUUCUACUUCGUGUGUAUCAACCUGCAGAUCGUGCUUGCUUUCCUGCUCGCAACUUUCUUCUCGUCUGUCAGGACUGCUAGCGUGAUCGGCUACAUGUAUGUCUUCGGCUCCAGCCUUCUUGGCGAAGCGCUUCUGAAGGUAUUCAUCGAGGACGCAACCUUCCCAAGGCGUUGGCUUGUAGCAAUGGAGCUUGUUCCCGGGUUCUCCCUGUACCGAGGGAUCUACGAGCUUGCCGAGUACGCCGCGGCAGGGAGGAACAUGGGAAAACCCGGGAUGCGAUGGGGGGACAUGGACGACCCGGUGAACGGGAUGAGAGGCGUCUUGGUGGUGAUGUCUGUCGAAUGGAUCGUUCUCCUCCUCGUAGCGUUCUUGCUGGACCGUAGGCCUGCGUGGCAGCCUCUGUUUCUGUUCGGGUUCCUGUCGACGAAACACUCCUCGCCGUCAGAGAGACAGAAGAAGGAGUCCAGGAGGGUCCAUGUGUACGGGACGAAGCCUGACGUGUCUCUAGAGCGCAAGGUGGUGAGACGGUUGUUGAAGGACAUGGACAUGGGGGAUAUGAUCAUCUGCAAUAAUCUGAAGAAGGUGUAUCCUGGAAAGAACGGGAACCCUGACAAGCAUGCCGUCAGAGGAUUGUCGCUGGCUCUGCGCAAAGGGCAGUGUUUCGGGAUGCUGGGUCCCAAUGGCGCAGGGAAGACAUCCUUCAUCAACAUGAUGAUUGGCCUCGUGAAACCGACGUAUGGAACUGCCUACGUGCAUGGAAUGGAUCUGAGGACAGAGAUGAACGAAAUAUACACGAGUAUCGGUGUAUGUCCACAGCACGACUUGCUGUGGGAGCCUCUGACAGGACGGGAGCAUCUGAUGUUCUAUGGCCGGAUGAAGAAUCUCACAGGUGCUGCUCUAACACAGGCAGUGGAGGACUCCCUGAAGAGCGUGAACCUAUUCCACAGCGGCUUCGGCGACAAAUCUGUGAGCAAGUACAGCGGCGGGAUGAAGAGGAGGCUCAGCGUCGCCGUCGCUCUCAUAGGCAGCCCUAAGGUUGUGUACAUGGACGAGCCAAGCACUGGGCUGGACUCGAGGUCCAGGAGCGAUCUAUGGAGCAUCAUCAGGCGAGCAAAGAAAGACUGCACCAUCAUUCUUACCACACAUUCCAUGGAGGAGGCUGAGCAGCUGUGCGAUCGCAUCGGCAUCUUCAUCAACGGCAGCUUCCACUGCAUUGGAACUCCCAAGGAGCUGAAGGCGAGGUAUGGCGGCACCCGGAUCCUGACGAUCACGACCUCGCCGGAGCACGAGGAAGCGGUGGAGCUGAUCGUGAGCCGGCUGGCGCCCGGAUACAGCAGGAUCUACAGCGUGUCCGGGACUCAGAAGUUCGCGCUGCCCCGGCGGGAGGUGGGGUUGGGGUGCGUCUUCGGCGCAGUGGAGGUGGCGCGGCGAGAGUUCCCGGUGCUGGGGUGGGGCGUGGCGGACGCCACGCUGGAGGACGUGUUCGUCAGGGUGGCCAAGGAGGCCCGGGCGUUCCACGUUCUGUCCUAGCUAGUCACUGCUCGGUUCGCUCUUAGAAAUGGAAAAUGUACAGGUUAUGGCUUGUUCGUUAACAUUAAUUCAUAUGGAUUGGAUGAUGUUGAGACGGUUUAAAUUCA